CAAAGUUUGCUUUGCGUGCAGUGGGUACUGGGUAAUCUUCCAGCUGUGAUAUUUGGAUCUCAUCUUGGUGAUGUUUGUUUAUUUAUGUGUGGGUUACUUGUGUUGUGUUACUCAAAUGAACGAGUAUGGUCGAAGAAACUGUUAACUCCGUAGCGAAGCCGAAGAAUAAAACAGCACGCCCAAAACCAGUGUAUCUGUGGACUGUUCUGGAUGUUCAGAAAUGGCUGCGAAGACAUUGCAGUGACUAUUACCCAUUGUAUGCAGAAAAGUUUCAGCAGCAUGACAUAACUGGCAGGUCAUUAAUAAGGAUUAAUGAAAGCACCUUAAUUAGACUGGGCAUUGAAAAUGCUGUACAUCGCCAAGAAAUUUGGAGAGAGAUUGCAAAACUCCGCCUGAAGACUGACAUCAUAGAAAUCCGUGAUCUGGAAAGGAGGAUUAAUUGCUGACAUAUUUAUAAUCAUACUGUAAAGAAAUUGUUAGUUAUGAAUUUUACAGAAAAAGAAAGAUUCAUUUUAACAUUCUUCGUGCUACUUCUGUCAUUAUAUCACGCAAGGAAAAGAGCAACUACAUUACGACUUAUACAUCUGAAGAAAAGAAGAUGCCGUUUGUUGCGUACCAUCAUGGACAUAUCUGACACGCGAGAGAAGUAGCAAAGUGAUAAAUUGUACCCAUUUUCUUCAUGAAAUAUUAUUCUUUUCAAAUCUCUGUAUCACUUCUCUCUUCCAUAGAUGUUGAAUAAAAUUGUCAUUCCUAUUACAAUUCUAUGUAUGCUUCAUGAUCAGAAUUCUUUCUUGCAUAAUUGUUCUGUAAUAAUUCUUAAUUUUUAAGAAAUUUAUUAAAAUUGGAAGUAAAACAGCUGGGGUAAUGUUGGAACUCAUAAUGUGUGAGUAAAUGACCAGUAAUUAGACAGAAAGUGUCAAUAUUGAUUUGUCUUAUCUCGCAUUCCAGACUGCUUUAUCUGUCAGAGUUUAUUGUUCCGUUUCAGUUUCCUGCUCUGUAGCCUCCUUGUGUUGUAGCUUUUCAUUAAUUCAUAUUGUAUGUGUUCUUCACUUGUGAUUAAACAAAGCUCUUGUUUGUUGUUACAAAUUACUGUUGUAGGUUAACUUAUAAGAGAUGCUAAGCUGUGUGUCCAUAGAUUAAAUUGCAAAGCAUAAAUAUAUCAAAUACAAAAAAUUAAAUUUCUACUCAUUGGGGGGUUUUAGUCACUGCCAACAGAAGAUGACACAAACACUACCUUUCAGGAUGAGAGGUUCCUUCAUCUGGUCACAGAGAAGUAAUGGACUGAGGGAAGGAGACUAUUCAGAGAUUGAGAAGGAAAGCUACUCAGGAUUCCAGAAAAUAAAUUACAGGAGAAGAAAAGAUGAGAAAAUUCCACAAUCAUUUUCUCUCUCUCUGUCAGAGAAAGAGAACUGUACUGUAUUUGUGUAAUCUUUUGUGAGGCUUUAUAUGGCUACUAGCUAAGCAGAAUUUUUCCUUC